AUGUCCCACGAUAUCCAACCCCGCGACGACGACGCCAAGAAGUUUGGCGCGGAACCAACGGAAGUAGGUGGAGACGACUACGAGAACGACAAGGCCGGCCUUCAGCGCUCCACCACAAUCACAACUCUCGAGGUCACCGAGGAGGGUGUCCCGGCGCCUGUGCCCGGCGACAUUGGGCCCCCACCCGACGGUGGCUUCACAGCCUGGGCAUGUGCCGGCUCGGCUAGCUUUGUGACCUUUUGUUUAAUGGGCUUUGUUUGCAGCUUUGGCCAGCUGCAAGAGUACUACCUAACCCACCAACUCGCCAACUACUCCAAAUCGACGGUCGCCUGGAUAGGCUCGGUGCAGGCCACUGAAGUGUUCAUCUUCUCAGUCAUCUGGGGACGCAUCUUUGACGCCCAUGGUGCCCGGCCCCUCGUGCUGGCCGGGACGACGUUGUCGGUGGUCGCAGUCGUUGCCAUGGGCUUCUGCAAGGAAUACUACCAAAUCUUCCUCUCCCAUUUCCUGUUCGGGUUUGCAUCGGGUAUGAUCUGGCCGACCGUCACGGCCGUCGGCGGCCACUGGUUCAGCACUCGUCGCGGCACAGCCAUUGGCCUCAUUGUGGGCGGAAGCGGCGGCGGAGGCAUCGUGUAUCCCAUCAUGUUCAAGCACCUCUUCCAGAGAAUGUCGUUCCGCAACUCGCUCCUCAUCGUUGCGGCCAUGAACGCAGCCCUCAUGUUCCCGGCAUGGUUCUUGCUCAAAUCGCGCCUCCCCAAGCGCAAGCCCAUUGCCCUCAGGCGUCUAGCCCACCCCUGGCAUGACAAGCAGUACGCCUUCUUUGCCAUUGGCUGUGGCUUCUACAUGUUCAACUGGAUGUCGCCAAUGUUCAACGCACCCAUCAUCUCACGAGCAAACAAUGCGUCGCCGGCCGUGUACGACUAUUCCGUCGCCAUCGUGUCCGCCGGUGGUCUUGGCGGCCGAACACUGUCGGGCUGGAUGGCUGACAAGCUAGGAGUGUGGAACGUCUUUGGCACCACCUCCUUCUUCACGGCUGUGGUUCUCUUCGGCUUCUUCGUCCCGUCGCCUAUUCCCAACGGCGCGCUUGUCGCGGGUUUUGUCCUGUACGGUUGGGUGUCGGGCGCGUGGCUCACGCUCGUAUCUGCGGUCGUCGCCAAGAUCAGUCCCCCCGAGGAGAUUGGCAUCCGUAUCGGCAUGGCGUGGAGUAUCUGCGGCCCGUUCAUGGUCGCCGGCCCGGUCAUCUGUGGUGCCUUGAUCCAGGUCGACGAUAACAAGUUUGGCUACGCGGGCAUCUUCUGCGGCUUCACCUUCCUGAUUGCGUCGUUCCUCGCUGUAGGGCCGCGCAUGGUGCAGGUCAUCAGAGGCUUCAUCACUCGCAAACCUGAUCUUAGUCCGGCGUAGACCAAGCCGAACGACCUGGUUCAUCCCUGUGGACUUCACCAGACUCGCC